CUGGUUUCGUAUCGUCAAUGUCGUAUUUGAGGAAGGAGACCAGAUUUCUAUAUUUUGCGGGGGUUGUAAUUCAGCUAGAAAGUAAAAAUAGUUUACACUAACAGGAUCGCGGAAGGAAGUAAUUUAGACGAAACUAAUGGCUGGUCUGCGUGUUAUACGGGGUCACCACUGGGAACAAGGAAACGACGACGGGGGUGAAGGUCAUCUCGGUACAAUUGUGAACGUGAACGGCGACAACACGGCAGACGUCGUGUGGGACAACGGAAACCAGACCAGGUGCAAGAUCGGGAAAGACGGCAAACAUGAACUGCUCGUUUUCGACAACGCCACAGUGGGAGUUCGCCAUACGGAUGUAACGUGUGAUGGCUGCGAUGAAGAUGGUAUAUUUGGGAUGCGCUGGAAAUGUGUCGUGUGCAGGAAAUGUGACCUUUGCCCUCUGUGCUACGUCCGAGAUAAACAUGACCUCACUCACGAGUUUAUUCGAUUCACUACUCCAAAUUCUAGUGGAGUAAAGGUGAGAAAGCGAUCUUCCUGUCAGCGAAUUCAGUCCACAGGAAUCUUCCCCGGGGCGACAGUCGUGAGAGGAACACACUGGAAGUGGAGUAACCAAGAUGGUGGUCCAGGAUCCCCGGGUACAGUCAAAACUGUGGAGUACUCUCGAACGCACUCAGCCACACGUAACACGGUGGCGGUGACAUGGGACAACGGGAACUCCAACAUCUGUAGAGUCGGUGCCAACGGGAUGAUGGACUUGAAGUGUGUGGAAGAAUGUCCUGGGAUAUAUUAUUACAAAGAUCACCUGCCACAAAUAGAAGAUGUCUCAGUCCAGGCCAGUCCGACAGUUGAGAGGGUUCCACGGUCUACCAGCGAGGACCUCCACGAGGGCGACACAGUAUGCAUCAAGCUGUCAGAGGAAGUGCUCAAGGCCAAACAGAACGAAGUCUCUGGUUGGACGGCUGGCAUGGCUAACUGUAUCGGCAAACUCGGAGUUAUUAAAAGCUUCACGCCCACGGGGGAAGCCAUGGUUGAAUUCGAAGGACUAAGAUUGCGGUUUUACCAAGGAGCCUUGCAAAAAGUUCCCAAACUGUCAGUGGGUGACAUUGUGAGGAUCAUGGCUGACGAAGAAAAGGUCAAGGUCAUGCAGAAAUCUAACGGUGGAUGGGAGAAGAACAUGGUUAAAGCUUUAGGCAAAUGCGGAAAGGUUAUAAAAGUGGACGAAGAUAGAGGGGUGGUGAUCGGGUUCGGUCAGAAAACUUGGGUCUUUAAUCCAGUCUGCUGUACACCGGCGCCCGGUAACGUUGUCGACGUCAUCAACGCCAGCAGCAGCAGCAGCAGCAGCAGCAGCAGCGACAGCUCACCCACGUCCAGUAUGGAUGGUUCACAAGGACAAAAUGACAUGCAGGACCAGUUGUUGAAGAUGUUGGCAGGACUGCUGGUGAAGAAAGACCCAGGCGCCGGCCUCAACAUCAACUCCGACAUCCUGUACGUCGCCAUCGUCGAGGGGAACGUCGACCUCGUCAGAACCAUCGCACGCAUCCAGCCCAGUCUGAUAAACGCGAAGCACAAGGGAGUGACUCCGCUGAUAAUUGCGGCACGUGAAGGACAGAUGGAUAUCGUGACUGUCCUGCUGGAAAACAAGGCUCAGACAGAGGCUGCAGACGACAAAGGAAACACGGCCCUGUGUUUUGCAUUAAAUGCGAAAAAAGAAAAAGUUGCUGAACUUCUGCUCGAGGAAGGAGCACAAGCCGAUAUGUGCAACAAAGAUGGCAGAACCCCGCUUCAUUUCGCAGCUUACGCCAAUCUCCACCGUGUCAUGGGUCCUCUCAUAAAAUAUGGAUGUCCUGUCAAUGCUCAGGAUGAUGAAGGAGACACAGCUCUGCAUGACGCUAUAUCCAAAGGGAAUCAGGGAGCCAUUGAUAUAAUCUGCCGGGCCGCAAGAAUCGAUUUUACGGUCACCAACAACAAGGGAUUUAACCCCAUACAGCUCGCCUCACUCCGAGACUGCCCCUUGGCCGUGGAGAGGAUUUUACAGAGAGACAAGGGGACUGCAAACUCCAAGAUGGUCAAACAUUUGUUUACUCCACUCCACAUCGCAGUCAACAACAACCACGUGCAGUGCGCCAGACUGCUUAUUGUCGAGGGAAGCGCAUCACUCAAUUCAGGUGAUGAAAAUGGGGUCACCCCCUUACAUCUGGCGUGUCACAGUGCGUACUACGAAUCUGCGGAGCUACUGGCGGAAAAAGGGGCAAGUCUGAACCUGAAGGACAAACUGGGUAACACUCCACUUCACCUGGCAGUCGCAUCUUCCAAAAAUUCAGGAGAUCUGCUUGCUGAACUUCUGAGACGGCAGUCCUGUAGCGAGGAUGAGUCACGUGUUAAGAUCGCUUGUAUGUUAAUACAAAAGGGGGCCUCCUACGACAUACGUAAUAUUUUAGGAGCAACAGCGUUGCAGGCGGCAAAGAAUGAAACAAUUCGCCGUGGAAUCCAGUCAUGCAUUGAUUCCAGGUCUAGCGGGGUGACACUAUCAACAACACCGGAAGCGACUUCGAUCUCGUUGGAGUCGCUGCUCAACCUCAAUCUGCCAUGCGCCAAAUGUCUCUGCAAGACCGCGGUCAUCACCAUUAAACCAUGCGACCACAAGGUUCUGUGUCGGGAAUGCUGUCUGAGGGUGGAGAAAUGUCCUAUGUGUGAAACGCUCAUCCAGCGAAGACUCGCACACCGUUCUGAUUCCAGCGAACAACGCCAGGAAGCAUGUAAAGUCCAGUAAACAACAUCAACAACAAAAAUAACAGUAAACACAGCAGCAACAACAAUAACAACAAAAACAACAGCAACAGUAGCAACAGCAACAGCAACAACAACAAUGGAAGAUAGAAGAGUCCCAGGAAAGCUUAUACGACAUUCAAAUCAGGAUUAAAUAAGAGCCUGAUUCCAAAAUUCAAGAGACAACAACAACAACAACAACAACAAAAACAACAAACAACAGCAGCAAUAGUGAAAAACAGAAGAGUCCCAGUAUAGCUGAUAAGGUUGUACUAAACCAAAUAACUUCCCUGAACACCACACGUCCUGUAAUUGGUGGUAAAUGUGAGUGCGUUGGUUGUAAAAAAAAAAAAAAAAGUUUCAUCUGAGAUUUUUUUUUAUACAAUUGUAUUUCAUGUAGUACGACUGUGUCAAGUAGCCUUGUGCUUGGAACAUGUAUAGGGUACCUGUAAAAAAAAAGUACUAAGAUUUUGUGCGUAACUAGGGUUUACGCACAAACAUCUGGUUAUACUGAAAAUGAGCCAUGAAAGGUACCAUUUUCGUCAGUUUAUGGGUCAUAAUUUGGCAAUCUGAUUAAAAUUAGCUCUACUGGGUCUACCCUGGUAGAUCUAACAUCAUUGCGUGGACUCCCAUGUCCAGGUGGCAUUUCAUCUAUAAAUAACAAUUCAAAUAUCGACCAAUUACA